AUGAUCCCAAACUCCGUCAUCGCUGCCUUUGCCGGGCUCGCACUAUUCGUCCUGUGGCGUCUGUACAAAGUGUUAUGCCAACAGCGACAACAAGCUCAACAAGAUAGCAAACAGUGCUCUGAACAAGCUGAAGAAAAGAAUCCUUACACCAACAUCGAGCCUCUUCCAGAUUUCAAAUGGGCAGAGACACCCCCAAUUCGCAAUGCAAACCUCAAGCCAAAGUACCACCUCACUAUGGCCCUGGAAAACGUCAAUCUUUCGGAAACGAUUGCCCUUGACAACACCUACGCCGACAGAAUGAAGUUUCGAAGGUCCACGAUAGACAAAAAUCCAGAUGCAACGAUGCAGUGCAAUCCAGUAGGCGUUCCAGCAGUCCUGGAGCUCCACGACUGGAUCUUUCGCACUUAUCUACCCACACGGUUUCCCAGCAUCUAUCACCUUACCCCUGAAAACAGUCUCUUCAACACAGUCAGCAAUACUUCCGUCCCUCUUGUGCCGGCUUCGCCAUUACGGGCUCUCGAUGCACUAGGCGAGCACGUUGAUACUGAUUUCGUGCUUCUGCUACCCACCAGCAAAGCGGCAGAUGGAUCUCCAAUCUACCAUCUCCAGGCCUUCGUCUGCUGCUGUCCAAUGGGGUUCAGUUUGCGUCAAAAGUCAGGCAUGCCACUGGCCGAGAUCCACAGUCCCGUGCCUGGGUACAAGGCAAAGUUGGAAAAGUCCAUGGACCGAUUCUUUGCGAGACUCGAAUGUGCGAAACCUGUUAAGCGCUCCAACUGGACGAUCACAACGGACGAUGUACUAUUCAAAGAGGAUGGCACUCAUUUUCACAGCCCUUCGUACGAAGAUGAGAGCGAGGAGAUUAAGCAGCAGAGAAGGGAUGUGGUGGUUGAGAAUUGUAGACUGCGUUCUGAACGUCAGAUUCUCUUCCGCCUACCGAACACCAAAGCGAUCGUGUUUGCCUUCAAGACAUACCUGUAUAAGCUCUCCGAGGCCAAGGAAGAAGGAUAUGCAGAAGCUCUGGCAGACGCCAUUGAAGGAUUGAAGACCGGGAACGUGCCUGAGAUGAACCAUUAUAAGCGUGGGACGGUCUGGGCAGAGCCAGUGGUGGAUUACUUGCGAGGCUGA